AUGCAGGAAGUGGAGAGCGCCGUGCAGGCUCUCGAGGCCCUGGGAGGCGUUCCUGAUCCGAGGAAAGCUUGCCUUCUUAGGCUUAUUGUUUCUCUGUUGACGAGUUCAAGUUUAAUCGAAGGUAGCUGGCAGCUCAUCUUCACUACAAGACCAGGAACAGCAUCACCCAUUCAGAGGACAUUUGUUGGAGUUGACUCCUUCCGUAUCUUCCAGGAAGUUUAUCUUCGAACAGAUGAUCCAAGGGUGGUCAAUGUUGUCAGGUUUUCAGAAUCAGUUGGUGACCUGAAAGUAGAGAGCCGUUACCGGACUCGCCCGCGAAAGUGGGAGGCGCGCAUCGGCUAUCGUCCUCACCUGGACGGAGAGGUGGGGGUGGGGUUGCCGGCCGCCGCCACACCGCGCGGAGCCAUUCCCGCACUCGCCCGCGACGGGCCACACCCAGCCCGCCUCCGGCCAGCUGGUCAGCCAGCCAUCCGGCCGUUCGUCGGCCGGCCAGCUAGCCAGCCAGCUGCCGGCCCAAGCCAGGCAGAACGCCAGGGACUACGGGGGUGGUUCGUUGGCCAGCACCUUGGUGUACUUGGCCAUCACCGCCCGCAGCAACUCGCAGAGGCGCUUGGUCUCCAUGCCGACGCGCAGGAGCUCCGCCUCGAGCGCCGGAGAUCCGCAGCGGACGGCGCGCCAGUGGCUCGACCCGUGCACCAAUCCCCGUCCCCGCCGCCCCAGGAGCGUGGAUAUGACAGAUCCGAGGCAGGGGGCACUGGGUCCGACCCCUGCGGAGACGGAUCCAGCUCCACGCCGGGGUCCCACACCAGUAGCUCCGUCGCCGGCACCACCGGCGCCAGCAGCGUUGCCCGCUUCGGAGGGAGGGGGGGCAGCAGAUCCAUGGUCGUGGGCACCGGAUCAAGCCUCCGAGGGCACGGAUUCUUCUCGUCGCCGGUCAUCUCGACUGCCAUGGGAGUAGAAAGAAGCUUGGGGAAGGAGAGGGUGGGGAAAGGAAAGGAGAAGGCGCGGGAGGCCGCCUUGUUGAGCGGCACCGCAGGCCGCCGCCACCACUUCGUCGGAGAGCAGUGGUGGCAGCCGAGGGGGCUAGCUGGUGGGGGCGAGUGCGGGGGCGGCGGGUUCGACAUGGGGCUUUAG